AUUGACAUCCGGCGGCGGGGAAUUCGGGUCCGGAUUAGGCACUCCGAAUGUUGUGGGCGGGCCUACACGAGAGGAAUCCGGAAGCGCCGCGCGACUGGCGGCGGCUGGGGCCGGAGAUCCCGGCCGGGAUCCAGUAUGUCUUCUCUUCGGAAGCAGGUGUUUACUGAGAAAGUGCUGAAGAGACUUUUCCCUAACGUCUCAAGUGGUCAAGAAAAGGGCACUCCCCAGACUCCAGCUUUGGACACACCAUCCAAGGACUCGACCCCUGAAGCGGUACAGCAGAAGCCCGUUCGUGGUCUGACAGCUGGUGACAUUAAGAUCCAACCUGAGCGUCGCCUCUACACCGUGAGUCUGCCUCCUCCAGGGUAUAUCCCUUGUUUGCCAGAACCGACCAGCUGUGCAGAUUCCGAAAACGCCUCCAGCGGUGGUGACACAGAAGACCCGGGUCUUCCUGACCAGCCGAAACGACGAAGAAUUAGACGACACAAGUCAAAGAAGAGUAUUAAAAGCCUCGGUGGUGUUACCGUAAGGCAAACGGAACUAGAGACACAGCGAGAGAAAACGCACCCGCCACAUCCAGAUGCCCCCGCCAUGAGCAGAAAUAAGAAAAGGAAGUGGAGGGCAAAGCUGAGGCUGAGGAGGAAGAGAGAAGCCGGCUUAGCCGCCAGGGCCUCUGCGGCCAGCUUCACCUACGAGCCCGAGAGCAGCGAGGAGGCAGAGGUGGAGGGCGAUGUGGGAGGAGAGGAAGAAGAGGAUCCCGAGAGCUCAGUUGCAGACCCCGCCCAGGAAGACACUGAGCUCGCCAGCAGCAGGGCGGACAGCCUCCUGAGUUUUCUGAAGUCAACACAAGAAAUCUACUUCUACGAUGCAACUGACCUAAGGACCAGAAAGAACAAGGGCCAAUCAGGAUCCACCAUGAUCACAUCGCGAACAGGAUGUUGGUGCACACUUCCAUUUAGAUGACGUCACUGGCGGUCUCUAAGAAGAGGCAGUGAGCUUAGAUACAAACUUCAGCCAGAUAGGAAAUGUCCUUAGAGUACCGCUGAGAAGCAUCUGACGUGAGAAGUAACUGUUUACGUGCUGAUGUGAAAACAUUACCGUGAUGUGACCCGCUCCCUGACACGCCGCAGGUCUAACACUCAGGUGACUGGCGUGCGGGAAGAAGGCAGAUGCAGCAGGAGCAGUUUCUGGAGAUGAUAGCUCACCUUUUCAAAGCAGACAUGCCAUACUGCAACAAGACCGUCUUAGUAUUUAUUCUAAUGCUGUGAGGGGAGACACCAUGACCAAGGCCACUCUUAAACAACAUUUAAUUGGGGCUGGCUCACAGGUUCAGAGACUCAGUCCAUUAUCAUCAAGGCGGGAGCAUGGCAGCGUCCAGGCAAGGACGCAUGGCACUAGAGAACGAACUGAUGGUUUUUCCAUUGGAUUAGCAGGUGACAGAAAAUGAAUGCCGCGCUGGGCAUGGCUUGAGCAUUUGAAACCCUAAAGCCCGCCCCCAGCGCCACACGUCCUCCCACAAGGCCACACCCACUCCAAAAAGGCCACACCCACUCCAAAAAGGCCACAUCUUAUAAUAGUGCCACUCCCUGGUGACCAAGCAUUCAACUCUGUGCACCUACAGGACCAUCCCUACUCAACCCACCCCAAGGACCCUUAGAGACAGCAUCACACACGAGCACAUUGUCUAACACAGAGUGCUGGUAGCGAAGAAAACUCUAGGAAAGACAAAAACAAAAAACAGCGCAUGCCACAGUGGGUUCGAAUCCAGCUGCAGAAAGUUUGAAGCCAAGCAUAACAGGGAAGUGGGACGAGGAUCUCCAUGAUGUUAAGUCAGACAAGGCAGGCGCGGAUACACAGACGUCGUUUCUCUCAUGUGGAAAUACAAGCCUUAGUUUACAGACGUGUGUGUCUAGGGCCUGGAAUGGGAAAGGGGGACCAUACAGUGGGAGGAAAUGAUCCAAAACGUGUGAGGGGGCGGGGCAGCUGACCGCGUGGAAACAUGUGACACAGCAGCAGGAGGGACUCAUUAAGGACCACAAAGAUGGUGAUGUCAGCGGGCGGGGCGAGAGCCAGGUGUACACAUGGAAGCAAAAUGGUGUCCCCCAUGAAAUCUGUUACUCCGUGUGCAAGCUAAAAACAAUAAGUAAAUUGGGGAAAGUUUAAAAGAUCUUAAAAGGAGCCCAAGAGAAAAACUUUUUCUCUGUCCAGACCAGCGGACCUUGGGGAAGACAGACAAAGCCGGCCUCUUAGGAGAGGGUUUUCUUGAUUAGCACGAAGCGGUCAGAACUCUUACUCCAUUGUUGUUCUCAAGGACCCCAUAGCGUGCCUUGGGCUUGGUUUCCAUGUCUAUUUUUCCUGCUGUUGUCAGUGACUCAGAGGAUAGUGUUGUGCUUGGAAGUUUAAAAUACGAGACACGUCCACAGGCCGCCUCUCCCAAGUCACUCGAACGGUGGCACUUCGAUGCCUUUCCUCCCAGAGUUCUAUUCCCAUGCUGUCCUGGGAGUUCGUUAUGGACCUGACAUGCCGCACAUCUCACCCCCAGGAAUGUGUCCAUACCCGGGGACUCCUAAAGGAGCGGGAGUUUGUCUUGCAAGUAACUAAGACCCCGUGACUCCUUUCAGAAGCUUCCAGAGAGGACCCAGCUGUGAGCACAGAAGCUGCUGAAGAGCUGCUUCGCCUCCUUGAGUCUGGACGCUUGCCUCCCGCAGACGUGCUCAUCCUGGACCACAUGAAAACCCUGCUGCUUCUGCAGGACACCGAGAGACUGACGAGCGCCCUGAAGAUGUUCCCCGAGCACUGCAUGAUGCCUCCAG